GCAAGUCUAUUUAAAGCCUUUUGCAGCUGAGCACUUGCUGGACUUGGCUUACGAGAUCUGUGCACUGUACACUUCACUGCACUACCUUGCAAAAUUUCCAUAUAUUUUAGUUAAAGAACCUCCUAAAGAAGAUUCACCAAAAUGAAGAUUUUUGAAUGGAUGCAAAACAAGCUUAACGGGAGCAAAGAGAAAAAGAAACCAAUCUUAAUUUCAGCUACUCAUUAUAUGCUGCAUGAACCUUGCAAACAAGAGUUCAGUGACUGGCCUCAAGCAUUCCUUGCAAUUGGAACGUUUGGGAAUAACAAUUUGAAAGAAGAAUCUGGUAAUAGGACUAAGAGUACUACAGAGGAUUCAUCUUUCUUUCAGGAUUGUAUACAGGAGUUCAUGCUUGAAGAAGUUGGAAAACUUCAGAAUGAAUUGAACAUAUAUUUACGGGGACCUAUGGAAUCAAAUUUGGCUGCAGAACAAAAAGAAAACUCCAAUGAU